AACGAUACGUUGGUGUUUAUCGUUUAGAGAGUUCAAAGAAAAAAAGAAAAAAAACAGAAACGAUGCGCAUUUGCAACGGACGAAUCGAAAGAGACAUAAUACAAACACAAAAAAAAAGUAAUGAUAAUAGAAACCAACCCAACCAAUCUCAAUAAGCUAAAAAACAACAAAAAAAAAAAGAAAAGAAAAACGGAGUAGUUGGGCUCCGCCAUAUAUCCAUCCGUUGCCGGUGAGACCCGAAAAGCUACUCGCCAGCAAUGGCAUCUCAUUCGCUUUCACAUAUCUUCGUCCUAUUUACAUUUCUACCCCUCACUCUUUCCCAAUCCAUAAUUCAAAUCCCUACUGCCCGGAGCAAAGACGACGAUCUCUAUUGCGACAGCUGGAGACUUUCAGUUGAAACCAAUAACGCCGGUUACUGGGUCAACGUUCCUUCAAGAUGCGAAAGUUACGUCCAACAAUACAUGACCAGCGACCGUUUCCUCUCUGACUUUGAGGUCGUCGCUUCUGACUCCCUCUCCUUUGCUAAAUCCGUUAAUAUUACCGGCGAUGGCAAGGACGCUUGGGUCUUCGACAUUGAUGAGACUUUGCUUUCCAAUUUACCCUACUAUGAGGUCCAUGGAUUCGGAUCACAACCCUUCGAUGAAAAUGCUUUCGAUCAGUGGGUGGAUUUAGCUGAAGCACCUGCUUUACAAGCUAGUUUGAAUUUGUACAAGGAGCUAAAGCAUCUAGGAUUUACAAUUUUCCUGUUGACUGGGCGGAGUGAAAAUCAAAGGGAUGCCACUGUUAAAGAUCUUCUAUUUGCAGGAUAUAGCGAUUGGGAAGGGCUAUUUUUGAGGGGAGUCACAGAUCAAGGUACGCCAGCUACUGUCUACAAAUCUCAGAAGAGAAUGGAAUUGGUAAAUGAAGGCUACAGAAUACAUGGGAGCUCAGGUGAUCAAUGGAGUGACUUGGUGGGGUUUGCAGUAGCGAAGAGGUCCUUUAAACUCCCAAAUCCAAUGUAUUACAUUCAAUGAAAUUUGUCUCUGGAAGUGGCAUUCUGUAAUAUAAUGAAAAUGUUGCAACUCUGCGGCAUUUGCUCGAACCAGUUGUUUUACAACUACAGAGCAUUGUUGUAACUCUUAUGCCAUUUUGUUUGACACACUGGUUUUACUAUAGUAGCAUUGUUGUAACUCUA